CUCAUCACGCAACAGCUGCCUCAUACUUCCUCGUGCAGCAUCAUGCUGAGCCAGCUGAGGUUGCCAGAUCUGGACGAUGUGGGCCAGUACCUCAGGGGUCUGUCCACGCCCACGUUGGUUAGCGUGGGAGCCGUGGCGGCCGCAACCACCUUCUACCUGGCAACGCGGCCCAAAGCCCUCCCUCCUGUCUGCAACCUCCACAUGCAGUCAGUGGAGGUUCCGGGAGGAGAGCUGGUGCGUCGAUCAGCUCUGCUGAAUGGAGACGGUCACAUGACACAUUUCUACAACGACGCCAGAACCAUGUAUGAAUUCUUCCUCAGAGGGCUCCGAGUUUCCAAUAAUGGUCCCUGUCUGGGCUCCAGGAAACCCAAACAGCCUUAUGAAUGGAUGUCCUACAGAGAGGUAAUGGAGCGAACAGAGAAUCUGGGUUCUGCAUUUCUUCACAAAGGACACUCCAAGACCAGCGAUCCCUACAUCGGUAUCUUCUCUCAGAACAGACCAGAGUGGACAAUCACUGAGCUGGCGUGUUACACUUAUUCUCUGGUGUCAGUCCCUCUAUAUGACACACUGGGAACUGAAGCCAUCCACUACAUCAUAGACAAAGCCUCCAUCUCCACAAUAGUGUGUGACGUGGUAGAUAAAGUCAAUCUGGUGCUGGACUGCGUUAAGGACAGGAAACACACAGUGAAAACCAUCGUUGUUAUGGAGACACCCAGCGCAGACCUGGUCCAAAGAGGCCAACAAGCUGGGAUCCACGUGGUCAGCCUGCAGGACAUGGAGGCUAUCGGGAAGACCAACCAUCACCAACCACUGCCUCCCCAAACUGACGACAUGGCAGUCAUCUGUUUCACCAGUGGAACAACAGGGAACCCAAAGGGAGCGAUGUUGACACACGGGAAUAUUGUGUCCAACUGCUCCUCCUUCAUCAAAAUAACAGAGGGUAGCUGUCCGUUGCGUCACAAUGACGUCCACAUUUCAUUCCUUCCCUUGGCUCAUAUGUUUGAGAGAGUAGUACAGGGAGUGAUGUUAGUACAUGGAGCCAGGAUCGGGUAUUUCCAGGGAGACAUCCGACUGCUGUCAGAUGACCUGAACACACUGAAGCCCACUGUGUUCCCCGUGGUACCCCGACUCCUAAACAGAAUGUAUGAUAAGAUCUUUGGGCAAGCCAACACCUCUGUGAAGCGCUGGCUGCUGGGAUUCGCUUACAGGCGGAAGCAGGCAGAGAUGUUGAAAGGCAUCGUGAGGAGGGACAGUAUCUGGGAUCGACUCAUCUUCAAGAAAGUCCAGGCCAGCCUCGGAGGCCGCGUGCGUCUCAUGAUAACAGGAGCUGCUCCCAUCUCUCCUACUGUCCUCAGCUUCCUCAGAGCUGCAAUAGGCUGUCAGUUCUAUGAAGGCUAUGGACAAACAGAGUGUACAGCAGGAUGCACUUUGACUAUGCCUGGUGACUGGACUGCAGGUCACGUUGGAGCUCCUCUUCCCUGUAACUCAGUCAAGCUGGUGGAUGUGGCUGAGAUGAACUACCUGGCUGUAAAUGGAGAGGGAGAGGUGUGUGUGAAGGGUCCUAACGUGUUCCAGGGUUACCUGAAUGACCCGGAGAAGACUGCAGAGACUAUCGAUACAGAGGGAUGGGUGCACACGGGAGAUAUUGGGAAAUGGCUUCCGAACGGUACUCUGAAGAUCGUGGACAGGAAGAAGCACAUCUUUAAACUGGCGCAGGGCGAGUACAUUGCUCCUGAAAAGAUAGAGAACCUCUACAUCAGGUGUGAUGCAGUGGCACAGGUCUUUGUGCAUGGUGACAGUCUGCAGGCGUGUCUGGUAGCAGUGGUGAUUCCUGACCAUGAGUUCCUGCCUGGCUGGGCCAAGAGGACUCUGGGACUGACUGGCAGCUACAAAGAACUAUGUGACAGAACGGAAGUUAAGAAGGCCAUCUUGGACGACAUGGUGCGGCUGGGGAAAGAAGGAGGCCUCAAGUCCUUUGAGCAGGUGAGGGACAUCUACAUCCACACUGAGCUGUUCUCGGUGGAAAACGGACUGCUCACUCCAACCCUGAAGGCCAAGAGGAACGAAAUGAGACAACACUUCAGAUCCCAGAUAGAUGAGCUGUACUCUGGGAUCAACAUGUAGAAGAAGAAGAGAGGAACUCUACCAAAGCUGUUUAGAUGGAGUCCUCCUCACAGACCAAAAGCAUCAUAAGCCUGUUUAAACCUCAUGGCUGGUAACAUUAAAAACAACAGGAGCAGCUGUAUGUUGCUGUAUGUUAAUGUAACUCAAAGGCUUGAGAUCAAAAU